AUGUCCGACUCGUACACCAGUUCCUCCUCCUACUACAGCGCCACAAGCAACGGCGACCAAGGCAAAACCACCACAGGCCACCGCUACACAACAACCUCCCUCACCGAAGCAGACGGCUCAACCAUCGUCCGCACAGCUCGCCAGGACUUCGGCCAACCACCCAUCGUCGAAGAACACCGCUACGACAGCAGCGGCCAAGAACAACUCGCCCUCCCAGGACCCGGCACCUCCUCGGCCGGCGGUGUCCGCAAAAUAAUAGACCUGGAUGAAGAAGGCUCCUCCGAACCAUCCACCUUCGAUGCGGAUAGCUCGUUUGGCAGCGGAGCGACGCCGCAGUUUGACGGGGCGGCGGUGCCGUUCGGCACGAGGGUGGUGGAUGUAGAUACGGGGGCUUAUGAUGAGCACAUGCAUUAUUUUGGGGAUCAGUCGGUGCGGCAUCAUCGGGAAUUGAGGGAUGCGGCAGGGAGGAAGUUUACGAGAGAGGUGGAUUUUGAUCCGUCGGGACGGGCGGGCACGGCGCAUGAGAGGAGGGUGUUUGAGAAUCCGGAGACGGGGACUAAGGUGGAGAAGGAUGAUGAUGUGGAGGUUUCGGAGGUGAUUUAG